AUGAAAAAACGUGACCCGCCACACAACACGUUGAAACACCUGUAUCGUGCGCACUCAUCCGCAUCACAUUACCGCCAAUGCUACCCGCCUCCAACGCCCUUGACAAGCUCAAGGUUUGCCAGCCACCUUAAACGCGACAUCCUCCAACCACAACCGAUCCCUCGAAAUAACUCAUCAAUUCUGCCCUCCGCCCAUCACAAUCUUGGAGCUUCUCUGGGAAUGUCUACCAAUGACAUUGAUGAUUGUUGGGAUCUAUUGCAAGAUUAUGUGUGGGAGAUACCUGGUAUUGCUGCUUACAUCAAGGGACUUUCAUUUGUUCAAACAAUCAGAUGGCCAUGUGGAUUGAGUUGA